CCUCCCCCCAUUACCCCAGAAAUCGAAGGGAGGAAGUGCUUAUAUUCAGCUUCUAGGCAGAGGGGCAGGGAAUGUGAAAAAUGCCCUCAGGUGCUUUGCCAACAUGGUACUAGACAGAUACUUUAGAGAUUAUAGUCUAAUUUGGGGGAGGGGUACAUUCAGGGUUAUAAUAACCCUGGGGCUGGCAGGGGCUUGUUGAGUUUACAGCUGCCUAGAGAAGAGUAUGGGGGUAAAAUAUGGACCAUGGAAAAAACUGGAUUAUAAAUCCUAGUAUUUAUAGAUUGCCAAAACUGGAAAAACCCUGAGAUUCUUCUCUCCUCCAUUUUAUGAAUAUAGAAACUGAGGCCCAGGGAGUAAGUGAUUUGCUGAAGGCAACACAGGAAGAACUGAGAUUAUAACCUCAGUCCAGUACCCCCUUCCUGACCACACUAAGCAUAAACAAGUGACUAGGAUCUAGGCUCUUUUCUCUGCUUCUAUUGGAAUAGGUAGCUAGCAUAAUUGCAAGCUGGAAGAGAGAGGAGACCUGCCCUCAAGCAACCUCCUACCUUCCUUUCUUAACAGAAUCUGAACUUGUACUGUCAGAUUUAACAUCCAUCACAUUUUCCCUGAGCCACCAGAAGCCAGGGCCUUUCCAUUGCAAGGUGGGCUUUCCUUCUGGGUUCCAAGUCCAUUAUUGAAUCAUCCCAAUGCUAGGCUACCUUUUUUUCUGAAUCCCUCACUCAAACAUGAAAAUUACGCUGAACUUGCCCUUUCUUACCACCACCACUCUCAGAUUGACACCUGCUAACUUUGGAGAGGAGGGUUUCAGCAGGCUGCAAAGGCCUAUUGGAUUCUGCCCCAGAGUGGGUCAGGAAAUCCACUACGAAACAGUCUGUGGUGUGAGCCUUUGAAGACCAGGGCAGGCAGGGAGAGUGGAAUUCUCAUUUAAUGUGAUAGUAGAUGUAGUCGACAGGGGAACCUAUGGAAGAAAAAAGUAGAGGAGAGGGAGGGGGAUGGAAGUAAUGACCCUAUGUCUCAUUAAACUGGAAAUGAAGCUCUCCCCUACAGAGAGAUAGGAGCUUUGCAAAGGGACCAACCUGGUUACCAUUAUUUGGGUGCAAAAACAGCUUUAGUAAAUUCCAGCCAUAUGUAAGGCACUGUUAAGCUCAUUCAAGCUCCUUGGAAACGUCAGCUGCGGUCCUUCCUAAAGAUCCAAUUUGCAAAAUGAUUUUUUCCCCUCUAUAAGUUGUGGCCAAUGUGGCUGCUUAAGAAACAGCAGUUCCAGAAUUCGAAUUCCGGUGGUGCCUCCGAUUUAUCACUGUGGAGUAACUGCACCCUGAGGUCAACCUGAGAGGGGCAGGGACCCCUCAACUCCCGCUCUAGUGGGUGGGUUCAGUUCAUUUAUACUAUACAAAUCCCAUCCUUUUCACGUCCGUGAGGAGCUAAAUCUAUGAGAAUCACAGUCCCAGGCCCAGUGAGGGGAACUAGGGAAAGCGAAGGGCAGGAUACAAAUUUCUGAGCUUCCGAGGCUGUCCGUUGUCAUGGCAAUUUUUGCGUUUGCGCGUGCGCGUGCAUACAUUCCGCCCCACAACAACACCCUCGCUCCUCGUUGUUCCCCUCAUUGCCCUGGGAACGCGAUGCGGAUUGGGGCGCUGAAGGAUAUUGGAAGUGGUGGGCUGGGCUGGGUGCCUGCAAAGUAUUUAUGAUGAAGCUGAGAGAGGACCACAGGUGCGUGGGGUUCAGUGGGAAAUGAAGACGUGCGCCUGCGCAGCGUCCCCUCGAAAAAAACUAAAUGAAACUAAAGACUAAGGGCUAGGUGCGAUGGGGGGGUGGGAGAGGGGGCGGGGUGCGUUGAUAGGCUGGUAUAUAUGGGGAGAGACUUCCCUCACGGAGCUGUGAUGGCCGAGUGGUUAAGGCGUUGGACUCGAAAUCCAAUGGGGUUUCCCCGCGCAGGUUCGAAUCCUGCUCACAGCGACUCUUUCAUGUUUUAGGAAUGAAUAGGCGUCCCGCUUUAAUCUACUUCUUUUCAAAUAUAUGAAAUAUUCUUUAUUCAGACUGACAAAUAAUCUGUUGGGCAUCUCCUCUUCCAUCCUUGUUUCAACGUUUCAUGUGUUUCUCUGGCUUCCGUCAUGACAUACUCAAAGCAUAUACCUACUUCAACCUCGAAAAAGAUAGCGAUCUGUUUUUAUUAAUGCCUUUUGUUUUACUUUCAUUUCCAAAUAUAUCCCAGUCACUUCAGCGUUUAAACUUUCCGUUAUAACAAGAAAAUGUUAUGAAAAUUCAACUAGAGAAUCCCUAAGUAAAUGCAAUAUUUUGCCUCAGUAGCCCACCACCUCUCUGCCAGAAGGGUUAUUCAUUCAGAGCUCCUGGAAGUGGUUUGUCAUAUUCCCCUGUGGCCCUAGAUACCACACUCCCCACCACCAAAAAUAGCAACCUCUUUCUACCCAAAUUAUGCUCCUUAAUGUUACUGUUUCCGAUUAUAACGGAAAGUUUAAACGCUGAAGUGACUGGGAUGGCUCCAGCAACAAUGUCAGCCUUGAUCUGAUUAGAGUUCAGGAUCUAGAAGGAGGUGUGAUUGUGGUAGGGACAGAGGGUAUUUACUGGGCAACAAAACAUCUGGUGAGAAAAUGGCUAGGGAAUAAAGCAGAACAUUUGUAAAAACAGACAAACAAAAACCUUGUCAAUAAUUUUCCAUCCUUUCUUCCCACUUCUUGGCUUGUCCUUCAUAAUCUGUCUUGACUACAGUCACAUCUGUGUCAGAUAAGUAUAAAUUGAUGCAAUAUUUUCAUUUCUUGGAAUUUGGCUUCUUGACAAACUGCUAAUCUUAGGAGGUUAUUAUUAAAGAUAAACUGAUCUACCACUUUAUUAAACCUGUUCAAAGAAAAUAAAUCAAUUUAACCUACCAUUGACCCUUAACGAAGUCAGCUUUUAGUGAUCACUACUUGUUUCUAAAUGCUUGUAAAUUAUCCCUUUAAUAAUGUUCUAAAAAUUUGCCAGAAUUCAAUAUCAAACUUUUAGAUCUUUUUGGUUUCCAAAUGACACCUUAUUUGCGCUUUUGAAUGUUGGGAUAUUUAUGCUUAUCCUUACCUAAGCAGUUAGAUGGAUCUAUAAUUUGGAAGUCAUGAAUUUGAAUUUGAACACCCCUUAUAGAUGUGUGAUCAUGGGCAAGUCACUUAUUAAUGCUGCCUGACUCAGUUUUCUCAUUCCUAUAAAAUGGGGAAAAUAAUAACAGUAUCUUCCAACUCAGGGUUGGUAUGAGGGUAAAAUGAGCUAUUUGUAAAGUGCUAUGCAAACUUUGAAACUACCAGUGGUUCCUCCUUUCAGGGCCUAUAUUUUCUGCCUUUUAAGCAUUUUGAAUAUAAAGUCUUUAAAACAAUUCCUUGCCCUAUCACUCUACUUACAUUCUUCCAGGUUUCCCUCUUCACUUUCCUCUACCCCACCAGUACCUCCUUGACUUUGAUCUCACUCAGACCGUGGGAAACCCUUCUUCAAAGGGGUAUUGGUCUCCCCUCCCCCACUGUCAGUAUCAUCCCUUCCUUUCUUGGGUCCCUUACUUGCCCUUCCCUGCCCCUUGCAAGUUCUUAAAUCUCAGGUACCCAAAUGCUGAGCUCCCAUCCCCCUCAGGCCCUUACCUAUAGGAGAGAUGGGAUGGAGAGCCAAGGUGAGCAGGUCCAGAGCUGUGACCACAUUGGAACAUAAUAGGGGAUUGCCAUGGGUGAGUGGGGGAUUGAGGUGAAGCAGACUGCCACUUUGGGAGCAUCCAGGUUUCUGCUGGAAUUUCCCUCUGCUUCAAUAAUCAUGUUUUUACAUGCCCCAAAACUAUUUUCACAGAUCCACUUACAAGACAAGACAUUUUUGCCUUUCUAAGCCUCCUCACAUUCAUUUAAAUGUAAUGAGAAAGAAUAGAGUUGCUAUAGAAAUGUGAAUUAUUCACAUCCCAGCCCACUGGCUCUGAGCAGAAAGGAGGAUUUCCUUCACUCCCUUGCUCUAUCCCUCAUGUGUUUCUCUGUCCUAUGGAAUCUCACGGGAAGAGGCUACCACAGAGAUUUAUGGGGAGAUCAAUAGAUGGCCAGAGAGAAGAAUCGGAGAAUCAUGGGGACAGUGGUGUUGGGGAGAUUAUUCCCAGGUGGCAGUGGAGGGAGGAGCACUUAAUCAUCUUCACUUUCUAAUAUUUAAAGGUGUAGCGAAUCUCCAGGCAAUAAAUCUGUGGGUUCCCAUCUCUUACCUCCUCUGCCCCCCAGCUCCCAAGACUUUCAGGGAAAUUAGGACUCUAGGGACAGAGCAAAAGUAGGUCUUCCCAGUCCUGCAUCUCCUCCUUUGAAGAGCCGAAGCAGGAGGAGCAGCCAGGCCUGGGAAUUAAAGCCUAUAGUUGCUGCACAGCCAGGGAGGGGGAAAUCAAUGACACCUGACCAGCUGUGCUGCUUCCGUCCUGCAGAGCCCUACGCGUGGAGGACACGAGCUUACAGCCCUCCUCUGCCAUUUCCCAUUCCCUGGUAACCAAAGACACCCACCAGGUGUCUGGGAGCCUGAGAGGCUGGAAUAUAUCCAGUUCGGUUUGAAUGCAAGCUGCUAAAGGAAGAAAUCAAGAACUCUGGAUGGGCAUUUCAGGGUUUGAAAAGGGAUCUCAGAGACCAUCUAGUUCUCAUUAGUCACACACACCCCCCUCCACUGACCCCAAGACAGUGCCCCUCUUCGAUCUUAACCCUGCUGGUAGAGACUAAAGGCCGGCCCAGAGUUGAGUCCAGAGCCACUGAAUCAGGCAUCUCUUGUUCCUGUGCAGGACAAGCUCCAAGUCCAGCUUCUGUGGCCUAAUCUGUGGGUUCCUUCCCAGAAAACCUGUCAGGCCUUGUGGCUCCUCUUGCCUAACCCACUUUUCAUUUUUCUGUUUCUAUUUUUGUUCUAUUGGUCUCCUUCCCUUUCAUUCCUCUUCUCCUUUUUCUCCCAACUAGUUUGACCCAUUUGUUUGUCCCCCAUUUGGUGACCUCCCCCUCCACUCUUUCCCCCAACACCCUUCAGCCAAGGGCCUCCUGUUUCACACCUCAUGGGCCAAAUAACUGUUCUCAAGGAAUGGAAAGAGAGGAGUGUGGGGAGGAGGAGCAGCAGCAGUGAAAACAGUCUGUGUGAAAGAAAAGCUGUAGGAAAGAGGGAGACAGUCACAGAUACAGAGAGGCACAAGCCCAAGGAGAAGGAGACCAAGACACUGAGAGAGCACGUUCCUCGGCCCUAGUCUCAGCUCCCAGGUCCUCUCCCAUUUCUCCCCCAAGGCAUGCAUGCAUGCACUCUCACAAGUGGCCGCUACAUCUGGCCCGUGGGCCUGGGGCCCAGGCGCGUGCAGGAUCAAAGAGGGCUGGAAAGCAGGGGGUAGAGAAGGUGUCAAUAACUCUUCGGUGUCAACCACCUUCCCAGGGAAGCCUAGGGCUGAGAGCCUGGGAGAGCAGAGGGGCUGGAGAUAGAUACCCGCAGGGAGGGUAGUCAGAGAGAUAGACUGGGCACACAGAGAGAAAGAGGAAAUGAGAGGCUGAGGCAAAGAGGCAGAAAUAGUGGAGACAAAAAGGAGUUAGAGAGGAAAGGAGGAGAGAAAGUAAGAGAUGGGAGAUAAAUCCCUAGAAAAGCAAGAAUCAGGAGCCCAGAGCUAUCUGGGCCAAGCUCCUCUUUGUCCAAGUUAAUCCCUCGGCACCCUGCUCCCAUUCUCCCUCUCAUAUUCCUCUUCCUCUUGCCCCCCUUUUCACUCAGUUGCCCUCUUGCUGGGGAUCAGAGGAGAUGGCAUUUUCUCACAGUCACACCUAAGGAAGGCAUGAGGUGAGGGUGGGAGAAGUGGGGAACUGAGCUUGAUAAAGAAAAAGGAAGGAAAAUAAAGCGAUGGAAGAGAAAAAGGAGCAAGGACAAAGACUUUGGGAAGAAGAGAUUAAGGUUACAAAAUUCUUCACAUUUAUUAUCUCACAAUAACCCUGGGAAGCUAGUUACUAUUACCAUUCCUAUUUGACAAACGAGGAAACAGACUCAGAAAAGGUGACUUGUCCAGAGUCACACAGUUUUUAGUGCCUAAGAGAUGCUCUAUCCAUUACACCAUACUUUCCUUUUUCAGGAACCUGAUAGAAGUUUGGCUUUCAAUUAAAAAUGUAAGUUUUUCUUUUUUUUUUUAAUACUUAUAAAAAAAGAGAAGCUACAUUCUGAGCAGGAACUGAAGCUGGCUCUCCUUGAAGAUAGAUCCUAAUUGCCUCUCACUGAGCCAAAUGCCUACCUGCUGCAUACACAACUGACUCCAAAUUAUCCCAGGGACACUUUGGUUAGAGAGGAUCUUCUGGCUAGAGCUAGGCACAUGACUCCUGGCUUCCCAGGGGAGAGUAGGGCCAGGGGUUUAAGAAGUGCUUCAUUAAUUCAAUAAACAUUAAGGACCUACUAUGUGCCAGGAGAUACAAAAAGAUGCAAAAGAUAGUCCUUAGUCUCAAGAAUCUUAUAAUCUAACAGGGAAGACAAUAUGCAAACAAAUGUAUUUGAAGCAACUAGAUACAGAAUAUAUAGUUUAAGGUUAUAUCAUGUUAAAGUUACAGAAUUGAGUUGAAAUUAGGUAUUCUGAAGCCUUGACUCCAUCCUUUUGAGGAUGGUCCCAACAGUAGGUAAGGCCUGACAGCAAGGGUCAGAACUGCAUCCUAGGUUGCAGACAGGCAGACAGAUAGACAGAGGCUUCUGGGCACUUUAUGAAGGGCUCUUCUAGUCUGGGAAGGAACUGAUGAUGGAGUGGGGUGGUGAGAGAGGGAGGAGGGUCCCUUUCCCGGCCACCUCUCAAUUCUGGCUGCUCUGGGUCAUUAAAGCCAUCCCAUAUGGCCAGGGGUUGGACCCACACCUGGUUGUGAACAGCCUUUCCCUCCUCUACCAGGCCAUGGUGAAAAGGAAACCACAAACCUGACCUAAAUUCCCAGGGGGGGGGGGAUAGGGUCUCAGGCUUCAGCCAUACCCCCCCUCAACAUCUGUGCUGUCCCAUUUGGCCUCACUGGGGAGGCUGAGUCUACAUUCCUGGGGGCACCCCACCCUGGUUAUACUGGCUGAAAUGUUUUCUAGAGGCCAAAAUUUCUGCCCUUUGCAGAAAUUAUAAAACCAUAGAUAAACCAGAGCACUAGGAAGAGUCUGUGGGAAAUUAUCUCUACUCUUAAAUUCUUUCCUUCUUUCUGAAUCUAUGUCCCUGUUUGUGUCUAUUUUGCCUGUGCUUCUCUUUGAAUCUUUCCACCAAACAGAAUAAACAUUUUUCUUUUUUUCUUUUUUUCUUUUGGACAAAGUUGAGUUGAAUGGGUAAGAUAGAACAGUCAGAAAGGGCUUUGAACUGGCAGUAAAAAAGAAGUCAAACUGAGUUUGUCUUCUGGUUCUGCCACUUAAUAAAUUUUGUGACUUUGGCCAAGUCAUUGCUCCUUUUUGGUGAGCCUCAGUUUCCUCAUGUAUAAAAUUAUCAAUUUGGACUAAACUCCCAAAUCUCCUCCAGCUCUGAUAUUCUAUAUGUAUUGUCUCUAGGUAGUGCAGGGCCUGCAGUCAGAAGACCUGCGUUCAAAUCUAGUCUUAGACACUUUACUAGCUUACUAGUGAUACCAGGCAAGCCACUUAACUUCUGUUUGCCUCAGUUUUCUCAUCUGUAAAAUGAGGAUUAAAAAUAGUACCUACCUCCCAGGGUGGUUGUGAGGGUUCAAAUGAGAUGGAAAUUAUAAAACUCUUAGCCCGGGGCCUGCCAUAUAGUAAGUGCUAAUAUAAAUUUUAGCUGUCAUUGUUCCUAUCAACUGGCAUAUGCACAGAGUAAGGUAGUCACUUCUGAUAUCAUCUUAAAGAUUUGGAAUCAAAUUCCACCAGCAUUUAAGUGUAAGAGGAAAUAAGCCAGGGUCAGGUUCAGUAAGAUAGUCCCUGCCCUCAAAGAACUUAUAGUUUGGGUACUACAGGUAACUAGACAUUAUCAGACAAGCAAAGACAAAAGCCUUACUGCUCUCCCCCCCAAUACCCAAAGCAGGUCUCCAUCAGGUCCUAUGUGAGGAGAGUGGAUUAAUUACUAAUGGGAAAACUAGGGAUGAAAUAUUUUUGAAGAAUGGGAGUGGGAAGCAAUGAUUUGGAGACACUUGGUUUGUAAACUAUAAAGCACUCUAUUAAAUGUGAGCUUUAGGGAAAAGAUCUAGAAAAAAAACAUGAAAAGAAGGGAAGCAGGGAAAGAGAUAGGUUUUUCCAAGGCUAGGGAACAGGUACCAGAAAAGGCUGGGAUAAAGAAUAUGGGAAAAGGAAGGCUGAUUUUUUUUUUAUCAGGGUUAGUGUGGAUACAGGUACUCCUGAGCACUGGUAGAAGGGCAUGGGAAGGUGGCACCCACCUCUGUCUACACUUAGACACUCUGUUCCCUCUUAGUUCCAUCAUCUGCAAGUGAACAUGUAAAUACUUUAAUUACCUGCUUCAUAGUGUUGUUGGGAGGACAUUGACAUCAAAAUAUGAAGUAUUAUGUGAAUCAUAUAUUAAUAUGUAUGUAAAUUACUGGUAUCAGGAGCUUCCAAUUAAGUACUCCCUCUACCAAAAAUAAAACAGCAUUCAGUUGUUCUGUUCAGGAUCCCAUAAGCCACAUGGGCAGGAGUAGAAUCCAGAAUUUUUUAAUUUCAAGCCUAGCUCAAACCACCCUGAAUAACUUCAUCCUAUAACUUCACUAAUAGUCUAAUACCAAGAGAACUUUUUCUGUAAUAUGUGACCCUGGAGGAAGAUAUGGCCACAUAGUGACUGACAGCUACUAUUGAUAGAAAGAAGGAACUUCAAGGCACAUUCUCAGGGUCCUUAGCCUCGUUCUCUGGCCAUUACAGCAAGCUGCCUCUCACACAAACAUCACUACUGUUAAACAGAAAAGAAUAAUAGUAGGAUUUAGAAGAGUUCUUUUCUUUCUGAACUCCAACUAAAGAUGGGAUAAAAAUAAUGGUACUUGCCAACAUCCAUCCUUCACUGCAACCAUAACUCCACCCUGGGACAAAUUUGUGAAACUAAGACUUUCUGAAUGUAACCUCAACCCUAGUGGCACCUCACAAAUUCUCUUUGGGGAAACACCAGCCCCCAACAAUAGGCCUUUCCCCUUUCAGCUAAGUUUGCCUGCCCUUACUCACACCUCCCCCUUCCGGUAGCCUCGUGUCCUUAGUCUGGGGGGCCUUGAGCUGGCUGUUCACACCUAGCCUGUCGCUAUAGGCUGUGGCAGCAGGGGUGUUGAGGGGGUCCUGGAGGCGGUGCUGGAGGGAGGAGGUGUCCAGGAACCCUCUGCCUUGAUAUAAAGCACUGGGCAGGCACUGACCAGCUCCAUUCCAAGGUCCAGAUGCGAGAUGGUGACCAGGGAUCGAGCAGAGAACAGGGAUAGUCCCAAGAUGCUGAAGCCACUGGUGGAGAAGCGGCGCCGAGAUCGUAUCAAUCGGAGCUUAGAAGAGCUUAGACUGCUACUGCUGGAGAGGACCCGGGACCAGAAUCUGCGGAACCCGAAAGUGGAGAAGGCCGAGAUCCUGGAAUUCGCCGUAGGCUACUUGAGGGAGCGGAGCCGGGUCGAGCCCCCGGGCGCCCCUCGAGCCCCCACUCAGGACUCCGAGGCACUGACCAGCUGCUACCUGUCCGGCUUCCGCGAGUGCCUCCUCCGCCUGGCAGCCUACGUCCAUGAAGCCAGCCCGGCAGCCAGAGCGCAGCUCCUCUCUACCCUCCACAGCUACCUCCGGCCCAAGCUAAACCAGCCUGAGCCCGGCGCUGGGGAGCCCCGCUGCCCGCCUCCUCGCCCCGCGCUGGACCCCGCCGCCCCGCCGCCAGGCUCGAUGCCUGCCCCUGCCCACCACCACCCUCUCCUGCCCCCCACCAGUCCCCAAUCCGCCUGGUCCUCAACGCUCAGCACGACCUGGCCGAGGCACCUGGGCGCACGGGCGCCGCACACAGGACUGCGCCCGCUUCAGAGACAAGAGAGGGUGCCACCGCGGGGGAAGUCCCCGCCGGCCCCACCGCCAGCCUUCUGGAGACCUUGGCCUUGAGUUUUUUGGGGAGGGAGGGUAGGGCACUGGGGGCCGGAGGAGGGAGCCAGGAGUGGAGGAGUUCAGGAAGGUGGCGGGGAGGGCGGGGCGAGAGAGGAGAGAGAAAAAGACUCCGUUUUGGAGGGCGGGGGCGGGGCUCGCGUCCGGGGCCCCAGGAGGAGGAUGCUUCCCAGGACCCAGGCGUCGGGGGCGGGAAGGCGGGCUGCCUGGGGACAGAGGGUGCAGGGUGGGAGAGUCGGGGACAAUGGGUGCUGUGGUCGUGUUGAGAUUCUUGUUUAUAUAUAGUAUCUAUAUAAAUAUAUAUUUCCCCUUGUCCCUUUCCUCCCUUCCCUCUGAUCUUCACACCAGCCCCUCCGAGCCCCUAAGCUUUCCACCCCUUCUCCUCUGCCCGGCCCUGCACCCCCGGCCUAGCUGGUGCAUGGAAUAAAGUGGUGAUCGAAUCCCUUUUUCUCCGAGUCCUUUCCCCUCCGCUCCCCCCUUACCUCUCCCUGGGCGGCGCCGCGAGCUGACAGGUAAGUAAGGAGAGCUAGAGCUGUACUGCAAACCUGGAGACAGAACGGGCGGAAGGAUAGUUGGGGGUGGGGUGGGAGGCAUUUGGGAGUGGGAGACCAUUUUAAUAGGCCUCCCAGUUCCUCACUCACCUAGACUGCCAAUGACCAAGGGAAGAGGGGGGAAAAAAAUAAAGCGACUCUGGUGGGAUUCGAACCCACAACCUUUGAAUUACUCUCUCGUCACUAGAAGUCCAAUGCGCUAUCCAUUGCGCCACAGAGCCACCUGCCGGGGCUCUGCAGCUCGUGCCCUACAGCCGCCACCAUCGCCGCCUAAGGAAUGGGCAAGAGGGAGGGGAAGAAGCAAAGGCUGCGAAGAAAUGAGGGAGGAACAGGAGAGGAAGGGGGCGGGGUGGGUCGAGCAGAGCCUGACUCCUACUAGAGAGCUGGAGUUGGUGGCUUAGGAAGGGUGUGUGUGUGCGUGUGCGGUAUAUAUAAGUGUAGGUUAUGUGUGUGUGUAGGAAUGGAUUGUGUGGGGGUCGGGUAUGUGGUGUGUCUGGAUCCGCGUAUCUGCGUGAAGGUGGUGUGUGUUUGAGUUGUGUCUGUGUCGGUGUGUGUAGGUAUAGGUUGUAGGGGGGGUGUAGAUUUCGGUGGUAUAGACCUGUGUAGGUAUGGGUUGGGUGUAAGAUGUGUCUGUGUGUCUUGGUUAUGUGUGUGUUGUUUUUCUGUGUGCGGUAUAGGAGCCUGUCUGUGCAUGUGAUGUAUGCGUGUCUGCGCGAGUGUCUGCGUGUUCGCCUGUGCGUGCGUCUGCGCGCCUGUCUGUGCGUGUCUACGUGUGUCUGUGAACGUGUUGGUUUGUAUUCCGAGUGCCUAGUUAGUCCUUCGGUAGGUCGCUGGAGCUGACGACGUUGGCAAUGGAAGCUACUUAGCUCGGAGUCUUUAGGGAUUCUCUCACCUCCCCCAUCUUACCCUAGGCCACGCAGGCGCGCUAGGGCAGUGCCUGCCUUUGUCUCCUCCCUUUCUCUCUUCAAUCUCCCUCCCUAUCUCUUUACACUGUCGACUAGCCCUGGGUCUGUGUGCGCGGAUAUAACCCCUUCCCCUACGUAUCAAAUUUGCUUCCUGCUCCCUCCCCUUCCAAUAAAUUGUUUUAAUUUUUAA